AUGCUUUUAUUUACAUUAAACAUCUUCUUCACCCUCACCUCACCUGCAUCACUAACUGAUUUCUCCACUGAUCAAGAUGCUCUUCUUGCUUUCAAACAAGCCAUCACUGUAGACACAAAUGGUGUGUUGAGCAACAACUGGCUCCCCAACAAUUCCAUAUGUCACUGGACCGGCGUCUCCUGUGGCAUCAAACACCACAGGGUCACAGCUCUCAAUCUCUCCAACUUCUCCCUCCACGGUAAGCUCACUCCACAUCUAGGAAACCUUACGUUUCUUCAGUCCUUGGAUGUCAGCUCCAUCAAUUUCACUGGUGUCUUACUUGCUGAGCUGUCUAAUCUACGCCGUUUGAAGCAAGUAAAUGCAACAUCUAACAACUUUACCGGAGAAAUACCGAGAGGUAUCCUUACAAACAUGUCUUUAUUGGAAGACAUUGAUCUGAGGUUUAACAACCUAUCAGGCGAGCUCCCAAGUGAUAUAUGCAAUAAUACUCCAAAACUGAAGAGAUUAUAUCUCAGAGAUAAUCAAAUUUAUGGAAAAAUUCCAACGAGUAUGUAUAAGUGCAUAGAGAUGGAGGAUCUGAGCUUGUCCAUGGAAACAUACCAACUGAAAUUGGGAAUUUGA